AUGGUCGCUGACAGAACGACGGGGAACCCGCUCAGCGCGGGCUCCCUUUCGCUCUUCAUGGCGACUGCGCUACCGAGAGGCGAGAGCUCAAAGCUGAAGAACGGGACCGAAGCUAUAGCACUGGCAGUGCACGCCGGUAUGCUUGCAGUAGGUUUCAGACUAGUAGGUGUUGGUGAAGACGAGAGAAUAGAAGCAUAUGCAGACGCCGAGAACCCCAAUCCACUUCCUGCAACAUGGAAUGCCUCCUCACUAUACACAUUCUGCUACAAGCACGCACAGUCCGCCAUGGACUACCACAUCAACGUUCACAAGCUAGGCAGCAAAGCAGCUGUCUCCGCGAUUGCUAUUGGCGACGAUCGACCAAAGAACUUCGAUGUCACGACAACAGAAUACCUGUCAGACUCUAUGCUCCCUUUGAGCAUACCGGAGGACAUGUCGACAGAAGAUGCAGCCAAGAAGCUGAUGGACCUCUUCAUAUCGUCUGGGCGUCUGAAUGAUCUUAGCGCGGAGCUCAAGUUGAAGAUCAUCCAGAAGCUUGCGCCGAGCUUGCAGAAAGCUGGAUUCGAGGAUAGCGGCGCAUCGAAUUCGCAAAACGGUCCUGCGCCUGAUGGCAACUCAACACCUCGCCCCGCCAAUUUACCAAACCCCCGUCAGCCGCAAGAUCCUGAGCCAGCGCGUCCAUAUCCCUUUAACGAUCCUCUGGCCGUCCCUCGACAACCAGGCAGGUCGCUACCUGAACCCAUGCCUGGCUUCGACGAUGAGUACGAGGUCAAUGGCCCACAACGAGGCGGACUACGUGACGGCCAUUACCCUGUAGGGAUUGGCCACGACGAUCUGUACCCACAAGGUCUGGGUCCCAAUGACCCUCUGCGACCGCAUCUCGGCGGCGGUCUCCCAGGACCUGGCGGCGGCUUCGGUGGUGGUAUGCACCCUACCUUCGACGACCCGCUCUUCCGUGGACAAGGCGGACAGGGAGGCUACGACCCAUCAGCACCACCUGGCGCACGAUACGAUCCAGUCGGUCCAGGCGGUACACCACGAGACAACCGCGGCGGAGGGCCGAGAUUCCCUGGGGGAGGUUUCGGUGGGCCGCCCAACCCAUUCGGUGGCUUUGGCGGCAACGACUUCAUCUGA